AUGACGCGUGGAGUGGGCCGGAGGCCGCUGCUCGUUGGAAUGGCGGACGGGACUUCUUUGAGCGCUGCGUCGCCGGCCCCGAACAAGCUUGCCGAAGACGCCCCGAAAGUCGACGUCGAGGACAGGACCAUGAACGCCGUCCUCUCCGGCAACCAGCUCGGCGGCAGGACGAUGAACAUGCUGUGCACGGUCUGCCAGACCUCGAACCUGGCGCCGUGGGGGACCGCGUACGUGCGUUGCGGGCAUUGCAACACGGUGUCGGACGUGACCCACGUCUACUCUGCGGGCGUCGGCGUGCGCUGA